CUCUAUGGUCAUGGCCUCCGGAAGGGGCCAGCCUCCGCUAUGCGGGAUGAGGGGCUAAAACCUGGACAGGAUGCGGGCUCCGGGUGCAGGCACGGCCUCCCUGGCCUCGCUGGCGCUGCUGUGGCUGCUGGGGCUACCGUGGACCUGGAGCGCAGCGGCGGCGUUCGGUGUGUACGUGGGCGGCGGCGGCUGGCGUUUCCUGCGCAUUGUCUGCAAGACGGCGAGGCGGGACCUCUUCGGCCUCUCUGUUCUGAUCCGCGUGCGACUGGAGCUGCGGCGGCACCAGCGUGCUGGCCACACCAUCCCGUGCAUCUUCCAGGCUGUGGUGCGGCGGCAGCCCGAGCGCCUGGCCCUGGUGGACGCCGGCAGUGGCGCCUGCUGGACCUUCGGGCAGCUGGACACCUACUCCAAUGCCGUGGCCAACCUCUUCCACCAGUUGGGCUUUGCUCCGGGCGACGUGGUGGCCGUCUUCUUGGAGGGCCGGCCUGAGUUCGUGGGGCUGUGGCUGGGCCUGGCCAAAGCAGGCGUGGUGGCUGCGCUGCUCAAUGUCAACCUGCGGCGGGAGCCCCUGGCCUUCUGCCUGGGCACCUCAGGUGCCAAGGCCCUCAUCUACGGCGGGGAGAUGGCAGCGGCGGUGGCCGAGGUGAGCGGGCAGCUUGGGAAGAGCCUUCUCAAGUUUUGCUCUGGAGACUUGGGACCCGAGGGCAUCCUGCCUGACACUCACCUCCUGGACCCGAUGCUGAAGGAGGCGUCCACCAACCCCCUGGCACAGUCCCCUGGCAAGGGCAUGGACGAUCGGCUCUUCUACAUCUACACGUCAGGGACCACGGGGCUACCCAAGGCCGCCAUAGUCGUGCACAGCAGGUAUUACCGCAUCGCAGCCUUCGGCCACCACUCCUACAGCAUGCGGGCGGCUGACGUGCUGUACGACUGCCUGCCGCUGUACCACUCUGCAGGGAACAUCAUGGGCGUGGGGCAGUGCCUCAUCUAUGGGUUGACGGUUGUCCUCCGCAAGAAAUUCUCAGCCAGCCGCUUCUGGGACGACUGCGUCAAGUACAAUUGCACGGUGGUGCAGUACAUCGGGGAGAUCUGCCGCUACCUGCUGAAGCAGCCGGUGCGCGAGGCCGAGGGGCGGCACCGCGUGCGCCUGGCCGUGGGCAACGGGCUGCGGCCGGCCAUCUGGGAGGAGUUCACGCAGCGCUUCCGCGUGCGGCAGAUCGGCGAGUUCUACGGGGCCACCGAGUGCAACUGCAGCAUCGCCAACAUGGACGGCAAGGUUGGCUCCUGUGGCUUCAGCAGCCGCAUCCUGACCCGCGUGUACCCCAUCCAGCUGGUGAAGGUCAACGAGGACACCAUGGAGCUGCUGCGAGAUGCCCAGGGCCUCUGCAUCCCGUGCCAGCCCGGGGAGCCUGGCCUCCUGGUGGGCCAGAUCAACCAGCAGGACCCACUGCGCCGCUUCGAUGGCUACGUCAGCGAGAGCGCCACCAGCAAGAAGAUUGCCCACAGCGUCUUCCGCAAGGGUGACAGCGCCUACCUCUCAGGUGAUGUGCUGGUGAUGGACGAGCUUGGCUACAUGUACUUCCGGGACCGCAGCGGGGACACCUUCCGCUGGCGAGGGGAGAAUGUUUCCACCACCGAGGUAGAAGGUGUGCUGAGCCGCUUGCUGGGCCAGACAGACGUGGCCGUGUACGGAGUGGCUGUGCCAGGAGUGGAGGGAAAAGCAGGCAUGGCAGCCAUCGCGGACCCCCACAGCCAGCUGAACCCCAACUCCAUGUAUCAGGAGCUGCAGAAAGUGCUGGCACCCUACGCCCGGCCCAUCUUCCUGCGCCUCCUGCCUCAGGUGGACACCACAGGCACCUUCAAGAUCCAGAAGACCAGGCUGCAGCGCGAGGGCUUCGACCCCCGCCAGACCUCUGACCGGCUCUUCUUCCUGGACCUGAAGCAAGGCCACUACCUGCCCCUGGACGAGGGCGUCUACACCCGCAUCUGCUCGGGCGCCUUUGCCCUCUGAGGUCCCUCCCUGCCAGCUGAGACCCCGGCUGAGUCUGGUGGGCCCUGUCCCGGGCUGCCCCUCCUGCCCAGCCACCUAGCCACAUGCCGGCCGUCUGCGGGGUGCGAGGGACCCAGCCUCGGAGUCCUCCUACUCCGCGCCCCUGCCCCUGGGCACCGUCUCCGCCCUUCCCGGGAGCUCCGUGUGCCCAGGGCCCAGCUGCCCUCCAGGUCUCAUCCCUGUCUCUGGCCCUGGACCCGGAGCAGGCGUCCCCGUCCUUGUGCCUUACGGAACCGCCCGGGCCUCCCCCUGCGCUGGUUCCAGAUGUUUAGGGCCGUGAACUCCAAGAGGCCCCGCCCUCCCCGGAACGAGGAGCCCACCCAGGUGCCUGGCCCCGGUCCGCGGAGUCUCCUGUCUGGGCUGGCUGCCUUUUGCACUUUGCCAUCCCUGGCCCUCCCGGUUCCCCCAUUCCCCUUCUGAUGCCCUGGAAGCUUCCAGACUGAACUGUGACCACUUGGAUGUCGCCCCUGUCCACCUCUGUCUAGAUGUCUCUGUUCAGGUGUCUCCUCAGAGCGCCCGCUGAGGGGCCCUGAAGACUGUCCGGGCUACCCAGCCCCCUGCUUCCUGUCCCUGGCAAAGGCCGAGGGUGUCCCCACUUUUGUGACUGCUGGAAGGACCUGUGAGAGCAGCAGCAGUGGUGUCGGGAAGAUCUCCUGCCAGGGGGUGUCUCCUGAGGGCCUCAGGGGGGUUCCAGCCUGUUAGACACUCCCAGCAGCCACUCCUGAGGGUCCCCAGGGGUUCUGCUAGUGACGGUCAAACCUUGGGUUGGUGGUGACAUCUGUGCAGUCCCCUUGGGGCAGCUCCGUUGCUGCCUUCCUCUCACUGGUGGCUCAUCUUGGAACCAAGUGCCAGCCAGUUGCAGCGGCCACCCAGAUGCACAUUACCCUCCGGCAGCAGCACCGUCCAGCCCUGAGCGGGGCGGGGGCAGUGGAGAGUGUCCCCACCUGCCUCGCAGCAGCCCCACACAGGGCUUUUGUUCCCUAAUGGAUUUUAAGAAAUAAACCUGCAGAGCAUCUGGCGCCUGCCUGCCGGAAGCCCA